GAGGAGGAGGAGUGGAAGAAGGAAGAACCCAGAGAGGAGGAGGAGGAGGAGAUGGAGGAGGGUCUGGAACGGGAGAAGGAGGAGGAGACGGAGGAGACGGAGGAGGAGGAGGAGGAGGAUCUGGAACGGGAGAAGGAGGAGGAGACGGAGGAGACGGAGGAGGAGGAGGAGGAGGAUCUGGAACGGGAGAAGGAGGAGGAGAUGGAGGAGACGGAGGAGGAGGAGGAGGAGGAUCUGGAACGGGAGAAGGAGGAGGAGGAGGAGGAAGGAAGGAAGAAAGAGGAAGAGGAACAAUCCAGGAAGAACCAGGAAGCACAGUCGAGGAAGGAAGAGGAAGAGGAGGAGGAGGAGGAGAAGAAGGAAGAGGAGGAGGAGGAGGAGGAGGAGGAGGAGGAGGAGGAGGAGGAGGAGAGCAAACUCAGAAAGAACAACAAACAUCAGCUGAAGAAGAAGGAAGAGGAGGAGGAGGAGGAGGAAGACAGAAAGAAGGAAGAGGAGGAGGAGGAGGAGGAGGAAGACAGAAAGAAGUCGGACAGGAAGAAGGAAGAGGAGGAGGAGGAGGAAGACAGGAAGAGGUCAGACAGGAAGAAGGAAGAGGAGGAGGAGGAGGAAGACAGGAAGAAGGAAGAGGACGAGGAGGAGGAGGAAGACAGGAAGAAGUCGGACAGGAAGAAGGAAGAGGAGGAGGAGGAGGAGGAGGAAGACAGGAAGAAGUCGGACAGAAAGAAGGAAGAGGAGGAGGAGGAGGAGGAAGACAGGAAGAAGUCGGACAGGAAGAAGGAAGAGGAGGAGGAGGAGGAGGAGGAAAACAGGAAGAAGUCGGACAGGAAGAAGGAAGAGGAGGAGGAGGAGGAGGAGGGAGACAGGAAGAAGUCGGACACGAAGGAGGAGGAGGAGGAGGAGGAAGACAGGAAGAAGUCGGACAGGAAGAAGGAAGAGGAGGAGGAGGAGGAGGAGGAGGAGGCCAAACACAGGAAGAACAACUAACAUCAACUGAAGAAGAAGGAAGAGGAGGAGGAGGAGGAGGAGGAGGAAGACAGGAAGAAGUCGGACAGGAAGGAGGAGGAGGAGGAGGAGAGGAAAAAGACCCCUCCCUUCUCUUCGUGGGGGAGGGGGGGUAUGCGGGGCCCCCAGGUAGUGCAGGAGGAGGAGGAGGAGGAGGAGGAGAGAAGAAGGAGGAGGAGGUAGUGGAGAAGAGUAAGGAAGUGGAGGAAGAACCAGUUGAAGUAGGAGGAGGAGGAGGAGGAGGAGGAGGAGAGAAGAAGGAGGAGGAGGUAGUGGAGGAAGAACCAGUUGAAGUAGGAGGAGGAGGAGGAGGAGGAGGAGGAGGAGAAGAGGAACAGGUCGUACAAGAAGAAGAGGAGAAGGAGGAGGAGGAGGAGGAGGAGGUGGUGGUGGUGGAAAGUGAGGAAGAAGAGAAGAAGGAGGAAGAAGUAACAGGAGGAGGAGGAGGAGGAGAAGAGCAUGUCAAACGGGAAGAAGAAUUAGGAGGAGGAGGAGGAGGAGGAGAGGCAGUGAAGGAGGAGGAAGAAGGAACAGGAGGAGGAGGAGAAGAAGAGAAGGAAACCAAAGAAGAAGAAGAAGAAGUGGAAGAAACGAAGAUGGAGGAGGAGGAGGAGGAGGAGGAGGGAAGAGUGGAAGAGGAGGAGGAGGAAGAGGAAGACCCACUCUCACUCUUCCUUGCACCUGAGACUCAAAAUUAACAGACCCAUUCUCCAUCCCUGCUGGUGACGUCAGAGGCUCCCCGCCCCGUGAUUGGCUAGGCGCUGGUGACGUCACUGGCACUCUGGCCCGUGGUUGGUCCUCUCCAUCUGGCGCAGCGGGACCUUCACGUCUCGGAGCAGGACUUGGCACGACGCGAUCUGUGAGAGAGAGAGAGAGAGAGAGAGAGAGAGAGAGAGAGAAGAGUUUUUAUCAGAAUUUUCUAUUUUUCUGAUUUAUUAUUUUUAUAGUUUUCACAUUUUUCGCUUUUCAAUUUGUUUUUCUUGUCAUUAUUAUUGUUGUUUUUGUUAUUAUUAGUAGUGGAUCAGUUAUAGAAGUAGUAGUAGUAGUAGUAGUAGUAGUAGUAGGAGCAGCGAGUAGCGGGCUUUUUUUUAUUAUUGUUUUCUUUUUUUGUGUGCCCUUGAGCUGCCUCCUUUGUUGUAAAAAAAAAAAAAAAAAAAAAAAAGUAGCAGAAGGUCUCCAGGUAUUGUCUAAGAUCACCGUGUUUGGCGGCGUCACAGACGCACUUUUUUUUCCUCGAAACACGACGGCAAACACUGGGCGCAGACACACGCCAGUCCUCGGCGACAGACUGACUUGGCCGGCUCGGGUGACGCCAGCCGACAGUCGGUCUGUCGGCACCCUGCCGCGGGCCGUGCCCGGCGGAACGAUGCUUAGAAAAAUGAGGUGCACGCCGAGUGUUGCGCCGCCUGUGCCUGGCCGGCCUGGGGCGGGGCGGGGCGGGGCGGGGCCGUCACCACCACCGCCUGGGGCGUCUGCCACGCCGGCCAACACGGUGAACAGUAUGGUGUUAAGGCUGACAGCCGUGAGCCUUUUACUUGUAAUUACUGUAAUGAACCAGUGCGUGCCUUCAUCAGCCGGGGCCAGCCCGCCACACAAAGAAUUGCUAGUCGUGUUAACUUACUUUGAAACUUACUAUUAAAGUCAUAAACUUUACCUUGAUAGAAGGAAAUGUAAGUUUGGUUUAAUUCCAAGUGUUUUUAAAGUAUUAUAUUAUACUUUGAUAUAUUUCAUCCAUUCCUAAACUUACUAUUGAAGUCACAAAGAUAAUGCUGAUAGAAAUAAAGUUAAGUUCGAUUUAAGUAAGUCAAGUAUUUUCUAUAAGUAUUUCCAGACACUUUAAGUUAUCAAGAAUAAUACUGAACUCUAAGAAAUAUUUCAUUCCAAUUAUUUUAAGUAAGCAAUUCAAGUUUUUAAUAUCUAAGUAAUUUUUGACAUUUUAAAUUACAUUCCUUUGGGGGUCUAACGUUGUAACUACUUCUUUACGUUAUAUUCCUCCCCUGUAUAACGUACUUUGUAAAUAUUAUAUAAGAGAAAAGAAACAAAACUAGGUGCUAAACAUUACUUAAGUCUACAUUAAAAUACCCCGUUUUCUAUGUUAAAGAAAACGGAUAUAUUUCAAGGUAGACCAUGUGGAAUUUUAACCCAUUUUCCUGGUUGUUAAUUCCUAGUGUAAGUAUUCCUGUUUGUUGUUUGUAAAGGUUGUAAGUAAAUAUAUGUUGGAUUAAUAGUG